GUUCUGCUUAGUCCGCCAGUCGGCUGAGUGGGGGACCUGCUGGGAUUCCACAGCAUGACAGGAUUUCCUCGCAUCAGUGGAGCUUUGUUAUUGCUCAGCCUGUGUCUGUUUUCUUCUUGCGAUGGAGGAAACAUCCUGGUGGUCCCCAUCGACGGCAGCCACUGGAUCAACAUGAAGGUCCUGCUGGAAGAACUCCACCAGCGAGGACACAACCUGACCGUGAUCCGAGAAACCCACAGCAUUUACAUGGCAGAGACGUCGCCGCUGUACACCUCCAUCACUAUCGAUCUGCCUACACAGUGGGAUGACUUUUUCGACUUUAUGCGGGAAAUUAUUCGGGGCCACAGACAAGGACGUGAAAUGCACCAAGAGUUCUUCAACAUGCUGUUGGGGUUCCAUUCCUUCUGGGCAAAAGCCCUCAGUCAGUUACUGGAUGAUAAAGCCACUGUCCAAAUGUUUAAAGAUUCCCAUUACGACCUGGUCUUCACCGACCCAGCCUGCUUGACCGGAGUCGUGCUCGCCAAGUAUCUGGACUUGCCUCUAGUGCUCAACGUCCGUUGGAUCCCCGCUGGAGAUGGUCAUGUUGCGAUCGCUCCCUCUCCGCUCUCCUACGUCCCAGUGCCAGGGUCGUUCUUGACGGACAAGAUGGACUUCUUCCAGAGGGUGAAGAACGUGCUCCUCUAUGUCGUCUCGUCUUUCCAGCAUAAAGUCUACAUAGAGCCCAUCUUUACCACCGUUUGUGAGAAAUACAUCAAGGGCGGUUGUGACACCACCUCACUGCUCCAGGAGGCCGACAUUUGGCUCUUUCGCUCGGAUUUUGUGUUUGAUUUCCCACGGCCAACCAUGCCCAAUGUUAUCUACAUCGGAGGCUUCCAGUGUAAACCGGCCAAUCCCCUGCCAGCGGACCUGGAGGACUUUGUUCAGAGCGCUGGGGAGGAUGGCGUCAUUGUCAUGAGCAUGGGGAGUUUAGUGAAUGAGAUGCCACCCGAGGACACUGAAGAAAUUGCUGCCAUCUUUGCUAAGUUGCCUCAGAAGGUCAUUUGGCGACACAAGGGGUCUCGGCCAUCAACGCUGGGAAACAACACCCUCAUGCUGGACUGGAUGCCACAGACGGAUCUAUUGGGACACCCUCAGACCAAAGUCUUUAUAGCUCACGGAGGAACCAACGGACUCCAAGAGGCCAUUUACCACGGCGUCCCCGUCCUUGGCAUUCCCUUGUUCUUCGACCAGCGCGACAACCUGCUGCGCUUGCAGGACAGAGGCGCCGUCAAGAUCCUGGAGCUGCUUCAUCUCAGCCAAGACUUUGAGGAGAGCCUCAAAGAGGUCCUCCACCAGGACAGCUACAGGCGGAACAUGCAAAGGCUGUCGCGGCUGCAUCGAGAUCAGCCAACGACGCCCAAGGACCGGGCCAUUUUCUGGGUGGAGUAUGUGAUGCGCCACAAGGGGGCGCCUCACCUGCGCACGGAGGCCUACUAUAAGAUGGCGUGGUACUCGUACUAUGGCCUGGAUGUCUUCCUGCUGCUGGGGGCUGCUGCGACUAUACUGCUUCUGUCUGCUGUGGUUCUCUUCAGGUUCAUCUGCUGUAAAAAGAGAAGAAAAAGCAAACAACAAUAAAUUUGU